AUGGGAAUUCAUGGAUUGGCAAAGUUAAUUGCCGAUCAUGCACCAUCUGCUAUUAAAGAGAACGAAAUCAAGAAUUAUUUCGGUCGUAAGGUUGCGAUUGAUGCUUCCAUGAGUAUAUACCAGUUUUUAAUUGCCGUUCGAUCCGAUGGUAAUGUCUUGACCAAUGAAGCUGGAGAAACAACAAGUCAUUUGAUGGGAUUAUUCUAUCGGACUAUUCGUAUGAUGGAAAAUGGAAUAAAGCCUGUUUAUGUUUUUGAUGGAAAACCACCUCGACUAAAGUCUGGAGAGCUUGCACGUCGCCAAGAAAGGAGAGAAGAAGCUCAAAAACAAGCUUCAGAAGCUGAAAAGGAAGGUGAUGCUGACAACAUUGACAAAUUUACAAGAAGGACUGUAAGAAUGACUCCUGAGCAUUGCGAAGAAGGCAAGAAAUUGUUAAAAUUGAUGGGUGUUCCUGUCGUUCAGGCACCAUGUGAGGCCGAAUCACAAUGUGCUGCUUUAGUUAAAGCUGGAAAGGUCUAUGCAACCGGUACGGAGGAUAUGGAUGCCUUAACAUUUGGGUCGAAUGUCAUGUUAAGGCAUCUAACAUUUAGUGAAGCCAGAAAAAUGCCCAUACAAGAAUUCCAUUUGAAAAAUGCGUUGCAAGAAUUAAAUUUCUCAAUGGAACAAUUUAUCGAUCUAUGCAUUUUACUUGGGUGUGAUUACUGUGAUUCUAUCAAAGGUGUUGGACCGAAACGAGCAGUCGGUUUAAUAGAAAAAUACAAAUCCAUUGAAGAUAUCGUCAAAAAUAUAUCUUCUGAGAAGUUUACUGUUCCUGAAAAUUGGCCAUAUAAGGAUGCAAGAAUGCUCUUUCUCAACCCUGAUGUAGAAAAAUGUGAAGAUAUGGAAUUAAAAUGGACUGAACCCGAUGCUGAUGAACUGGUAAAAUUCCUUGUUGAAGAAAAAGGUUUUAGUGAAGAUAGAAUUCGUCGUGGGGUAGAAAAAAUUUCCAAAGCACGAGGUACUUCAACACAGGGAAGAUUAGACUCUUUCUUCACAAUUACACCUGGGGCAAUCAAACGAAAGACUGAUGCCAAGAAAGAUGCUGGGAAAAAGAAAGCAAAACCAGGCCCUGCCGGAAGAUUUAAGAGGCGAUAA